GACACCCUGGAGUGUGCACUCUGCCCCUUCCCUCUCGCCGCCCGGUGACCUCGGUGUCCCGGCCGCGCUGGGCCGGACAUGCUGCGCGACUGCCUGUCGGCGGAGGGCGAGCGGCGCUGCCGGCGGUUGCUGGCGGGGGCCACGGCCCGGCUCCGCGCGCGACCUGCGGCGGCCGCGGUUCUCGUGCCGCUGUGCUCGGUGCGCGGGGUCCCGGCGCUGCUCUACACGCUGCGGUCUAGCCGCCUGGCCGGGAGGCACAAGGGUGACGUCAGUUUCCCAGGUGGCAAGUGUGACCCCGCUGACCGGGACGUGGUGCACACGGCCCUGAGGGAGACCUGCGAGGAGGUGGGCCUGGUUGUGCCUGAGAAGCACGUGUGGGGUGUCCUGAGGCCCGUGCACGACCAGCAAAAGGCUACUGUGGUGCCGGUGCUGGCCGGCGUGGGCCCGCUGGAUCUCCAGAGCCUCAGGCCCAACCCUGAUGAGGUGGAUGAAGUGUUUGCACUGCCCCUGGAGCAUCUGCUGCAGGAACAGAACCAGGGCUAUACCCACUUCUGCCAUGGUGGCCACUUCCGCUACACACUGCCUGUCUUCCUGCACGGGCCCCACCGGAUCUGGGGGCUCACGGCCGUCAUCACUGCGUUCACCCUGCAGCUGCUGGCACCUGGCAUCUACCAGCCCUGCCUGGCCAGCCCUGAGCUGCCCAGGGGCUGAUGACCUGGCCCUGAGCAGCCCCUGCCUUUGCCCUGCCAUGCCAGCUCCACUCCAGGACUGAAUAAAGAGCCUUUGCCAACUCCGUGGCGACUGCACCUUCUGCACUGGAGCCCUGACCUUGGGCAGACCCCAUGGGACAGCUGGCCUCCUGGCUGGGGUGCCUCUGGAUAAUCACACUGUUACUUGCU